UCUACACCAUGAACUGGGUCGGCGGAGCAAGGAGCCGACUUCGAAUGAAGUAUGAAAAGAAACAACAGAAGGAUUACUUUGAGAGAAAGAGGUACAGCAGACAGGUGAGGACAGUCAGACCACAGUCCCCCGGUGCCACACACAGGAAAGGGGGAAUCAGUCAGGACCUGCUGUAUCUACACACUCUUAACACAGCUCACAGCAUGGACAAGAAAGGUUCUUUGAGUGACCCCUCGUCCAGGCAGGUGAACAAGGUAGACCUGAGCAAAGUUAACUGUGCCUUCCCCAUGAGGAGACAGGAGGACUUGGAGCUGCCCAACAUGUCUCCUGACUACAGCAAAACUCCAUCACUUCUGCAGCUGGCAGAUCCUACUGACAGUAAGCCCCCUUGCCAACACUACAUGUCCUAUGAUGACUGGCUAACUAGCAGCAGUGGAAAAAUGAGAAAUGACACACCAGACAGUGCAGUGCCCCUAGGUCUGUUUGAUCAGAGUACACGACUGUCUGCAGUGGCACCACACACAUCUAACAGCGGGGUACAAAGUCUCGGGACCCCCUUUGUGCCCUACACCACCCCUGGCCCUAAGGCAUACUACAAGGACCCCUUCAGGAAGUUUGCAUCUUCCUCAAGUCUGGUGAAGUUUGAGGAGGGUACUCACACCCCUGAUCCACAGCAUGGCCAUGACUUUGAGCCUGCAGUUCCGGGUAUUGUGAAUCCACCACGUACACCAGGCUCCUCUCACAAGAGGAGGAAACUGGCCAGGAUACCUUCUUCAGGUCGCAGCGUAAGAACACCUUCUACCUUCAGCUCCAGCAGUCAGAGCAGUUUCGAGUCACCUGUAAAGGGAGGCACACAGGAUAAAAACCAUAAGGAGGAACACCGUCCCAUUCUCCUUCAGAAGAGUGCACAAAGCCAGAGACCUUCUCUUCACAACUGGCUAAGUUCCAUCUCUCGAGACACAGAAAAGUCUGGCAGCCAUCCCAACAAUACUACUCCUUCAACUACUGAUGAAGAGAUCCUCCCUGCUGAGAAAAGGAGGAAGCUGGAUUUUGGAGAGGCCUGCAGUACAGAUGAUAGUCAGCAGAGGGCAGCUGUGAUAUGUAGUGAUAACCAAGCUCAACCUGAGGCUGAGAGAGACCUCAAGUUAAACCCCUGGAAUGCAGUGUAUAGAGAAGGAACAACAGAUGAAAGGUUUAGCAUAAACGUAAAGCCAGAAUCACCAGCAACUCUGAAGCAAAACACUUACCAAACAACUGAAAACCCAUUCUGCCAAAAAGGAUACCAGGCAACCCUGCAAAACUUGAUGAGCAUGCCAUUAACAUGGGCAAACCAACAGCCAACUGGAAGCAAACAAAAGAAAGAGAGCACAGCCGUUGCAGAAGAGGCCCUCUAUGCUUCCACACAACAGUUUGUGCCAGGUUCAGCACCAAGGACAGAGGAAGUAUUGAACACCCCAACUAAGGAAAUUAACCAAAGGUCUCCACACCACACAUACGGGACCCAUUUUCCCCUCUAUCAAGUCAGGGAUCCCUCUGCCUCUCAUCAGUUGCAGACCCUAGAAGAAGGUCUCACUGAACCGCAAAGCACAUUGACGGGCGUGACAAAAACAGCCAUGGGCCCUGAUGCAGACACGUCAGGGGUAGAGAGAGAUGUGUCAGACUGCCUCCAGCUGAUUCUCACACUUGUGGAGUGUGAAGAUUUCAACACUACCCCAGAGGUCAAACAUCAAGAUGGUCCAGUCAUACGUCCAAUGACCACUCCAAGGCAGAUUCCAGACCAGUUUGGAGCAAAUGCGUUGGUUGGUUCAAAAGAUACUUCUGAGGUUGAGUCAGUGUUUUGCCCAGGUUCCACAGAUGAGAUAGGACGUUUUCUAGAGGGUGAAGUGCUAGUAAAGGAAGUCAUUGACAGUAUUAUCAAAGAUGCUCUUGAUAUGAAAAUGCUCAAUAAAGAGAAGCAAUAUAAGACUUCACAUAGGGAGGAAACAAGUGAAAGACAAGGGCUCAAUGCUGAAGAGCAAGACACUCUGAAAACUGAUGGACAUCUUUCACAUGAAUCAGGACAGUUUGGCACAGAAAUCAGGGAGGAGAAAACUCAAAAGUACCAGCAAAUGCAAACUGUCACCAAGACAGAGGACACAGGAACACAGACUGAGGAUACAACAGAUAAUUCUCAUAAAUCUGAGAUGAUGGUUUCCGGAGAGAAUGAGCAAGACACCUGUGGUUCUCUUGGCAAAAUCUCCUUGUGGUCUGACAAGUCAACACAAACCAGAGAUCAAGAGGGCUCUGUUCUGGAAGAAGAAAGUGGCUUUGAAGUUGAGGAAUGUGAACUGAGGGCGAGGGCAGUGCUGGAGAAGGUAAAGGGAUUACCAGAACCCUGCAGGAGAGAGAAACGACUACUAAUGAUGCUGAAUGACAUGGAAGAGCUGAUUGUGAAGCUUGAGAGUGCUCACAUCCUACAGUCUUUGAAAGAGGGAACUUCAGCCUCAAAUUGAUCAAGAAGUCAUCUCAUUUCCUAGACUCGGUUUCCCAACUUUUAUAAUACAUCGCUACCAUACAUACACAGAAAGCUCACUAACUUAUCUCCAACUGGGGGGAUAAACUAAACAUGAUACAUAUUGCAAAUAGAAAAGCAAG